AUGUUGAAGGUGGCAUUCAUCAUCGCCGGCGCACUCGUGUCGCUGGCGGAGCCCAGCUCGAUAAUCCUGAACCGAGUGCAGUGCGAGAAGAACACCAAGUUCUUCGGCACCCUGAACGUCACGGCGGUGAACAACACGAUCACGGCGGACAUAAACCUACUUCAGGCCCUCAAGCCAGGCUUCCGAGGACACGUCGACGUACAGCUGCGACUGAGCAACGCCAAGAAGUUCCAGAGCCUGGUCCAGACCGACACCGACUACUGCGAGCUGCUCUCGACCCUGAAGGACUCGCUCUUCCGGCGCUGGGUGUUGAGCGUGACCAAGCACAGCAACUUUAUGGAGAACUGCCCCGUUCUGGCGGGGCACUACUACCUUAGGGCCUGGCACGUCGACACGGCGCUGGUGCCCUCCUACCUGCUCAGCGGCGACUACCGCCUGAGGGCCCUGGUCUACUACGGGAAGUACCGCACCAAGAAACAGCUCUUCCUCGCCCAGUGCACUGUGGAGGCAACAAUGCAUAACAAAUAG